AUGUCCCGCCGGAGUGCUCGUGAACCAAAGAAAGUAGUGUAUGAGGACUUCGUGGACUAUGACGAGUUUGACGAAGAUAAGCCUUCAAGGGGCAGGAGGAAAUCAACCGGACGCAAACCUGCCAAAGUACCAGAUUACGCAGAACUAAGCGGUUCAGACGAAGGAGAUGGUGAGUACAAAGCAGCUCCAGCUCGUGGGAAGAAAAAGAGGACCCCUGCUAAACGGGGCAGAAGGAAAACUUCAGACUCACAAGGAACAGAGAACUCAGACGAUGACUUUGAAGCACCCCGCUCAGCUCGAGGAAGAGGAGCUCGAGGUGGAAGAGGCAGGCGAUCAUCCUCCCGACGUAAAUCCAGUAACUCAGUCCCCGAAGAGCCCUCAGAUAUUGCUGAUGAAGAUGAGCAGCCGGGUACCAGCACUGAGCCUCAGGCUGAAGAGAGCUUUUCACAGGAACCUGAAGUUGAGAAAGAUGAAGGAAUGGAUGUGGAAUCUGGAACUGGUGAGGAAGAUAAUAUUGAAGCUGAACAAUUGGCCAAGCAAAAACAGAUUGAGGCAGAACAAACUGCUGAACAAGCGAGGCAAGAGGCUGAAAGGGCUGCUGAGCAAGAAAGACUUGAGGCUGCAGAACAAGCAAGACUUGAGGCUCAAAAAGCAACUGAACAAGCUAGACUAGAUGCUGCAGAACAAGCAAGACUAGAAGCUCAAAUAGCGCGCCUUCAGGCUGAAAGGAAGGCUGAAGAAGCUAGGAUACAUGCUGCAGAACAAGAAAGGCUUCAGGCUGAAAGGGCAGCUGAACAAGCUAGGAUACAGGCUGCGGAACAAGCAAGGCUUCAGGCUGAAAGGGCAGCUGAACAAGCUAGGAUACAGGCUGCAGAACAAGCAAGGCUUCAGUCUGAAAGAGCAGCUGAACAAGCUAGGAUACAGUCUGCAGAACAAGCAAGGCUUCAGGCUGAAAGGGCAGCUGAACAAGCUAGGAUACAGGCUGCAGAACAAGCAAGGUUUCAGGCUGAAAGAGCAGCUGAACAAGCUAGGAUACAGGCUGCAGAACAAGCAAGGCUUCAGUCUGAAAGAGCAGCUGAACAAGCUAGGAUACAGGCUGUAGAACAAGCACGAUUAGAGGCUGUAGAACAAGCAAGACUAGAGGCUCAAAAUGUAGCUGAAAAUGUUCGGCUAGAGCUCAAAAGGCCGCUGAACAAUCAUGGCUAG